AUGGGUGUCCUGUACUCAGAAGGAUUGACAAACACCAUGUCACCAACACGCUCAAAGAGAACUUCAACUUAUCCCGUAACAUCCCCAUCACAAGAUCACUAUCAUAAACAACGAUCACAGGUAUCAAAAGUGAAAUUGAAACGACAAGCAUCACCUGCCAAAUAUAUGAACAACACCCUGUUGGAAUACUUUACAAACAACCAUUUCUCACAAUCAUUCAAUAGUUUAAUUUUGGAUGAUACUAGACCCGACUUUACUCCGAGUUCCAAUAAUCAUAGAAAACCAAUAAACAAAUCACCUCCCUUUAAUGUGAAACAAGAUCUAUUUAUAGAUACCAAUCUAGAUGAUGAUAUUCAAGAAGAAGACUUGACUGAAGAUGAUGAGGACUUCCUUGGCGACAAAAUUGAACAAAGCCGACAGCUUCCGAUAUUGAGUGCAGUAAUACUGAAUUCUACUCAAAGAGACUCCGAGAACGACGAUAGUCAAUCAGACCGACCUCCAGCGCGUCAAUCAUCACAACAAACAAUCAAGCGAUCUUCCAAAUAUCUUAAUCUUUCAAUUGAUUCGAAUUUGAAAACAUUAGAUGGGUUUAAACCAAAUGAUGAAAUUGAUAAUAUUAGUGACUUAAGUGAGAUUGAUUCCUCAAUGGUAAUUGUUCAUCGUGAACCUACUCCAUCCAACUAUCCUAGCCCCGUGGUGCAAAGAACCCCAGCAGAAGUUAACAAAUUCAAACGUCCUCAUAAAUUAGUAAGUCAAUCACCAUCUCCUUCUCCAAAUAAAGUAUAUGUUAGAUCUUCAAUAUUUUCGCCAGUUGGAGAAAAUAAUCAAUCAUUACAUUCACCAUCGAAAUUGAAGUGUUUCAAAAUGUUUAAAAAUGCAAAUAAAGAUGCAAUAAUGUCCCCUCAUAGACCAAUAACUACGCCUGAGAAGAUACGGAAUCUGUCAUUAGCCAGUACCAAUAGAUUUAAGGAAAUAUAUCAAUGUUCCGAUAAACAAAGUUCACCAACCACGUCAACCCCAUUAAUGCUUGGAAAACAAAGCUCUCAUAUACUAUCAACAACCACCACCAAUGAGCAAAAAGAAGAAAGUCAAUUAGAGUAUUGCGAUUUUGAAGAUAUGGAUUUUGAUAGUCCUUCGAAAAAUCGUAAACUCCCGACAUUUUCAUCCAGUGGAGGAGCAUCUACAAUUGUGAUAUAUCAAGAUGAAAAACUACUAUCCAAAUCGAGAAAAUCACUACAGCAUCAUUUACAAGAACAACAACAACAACAAACAACAACAACUCGAAAACUGUUUGAUGAUAAAGAAAAUAGGAACCCGUCAUAUAAAUUCGUAAAACCAUUACAAAUUGCAUUUAAUUCCGGAGGAUUGGUGAAGAAGAAUAGUGUGAAAUCAAUUGGUGAACGAGUGAAACUGAUUCAACCACCCGAAACUCCCGUCAAACGAAAUCCACUCAUGAUUUUAAAUAAUAAUAAAACCAAUCCAAUAAAUAAUCCCACCACCACCACUGCCAAGGCAACCCGAAUUCCAUCAUCUGAAUAUGAAAGCACCGAUAAUUCAAUCGAAGUGGGGAGAGAUCAAUCAUAUGAUGAUUCUAAUCACAGUAGUUUUUUCAGAACCCCGGCAGUAUUGAAACAUAAUCCAUCAUUAUUAUCACAACCAAGGGAUGAGUUCCAUGAAGAUUUGAAUGUUGAUUUCUCGGAUGUUGAUAUGGGAAAUAUCCCCGAAACACCUACGAAAUCUCAUCUAAGCAAGAAAACGAAGAAGAAUUUAAAACUUGAUACUGGAAUACCGAAUAUCGAAAUCGCUGGAGAACCAUCCACACCCAUGAAUUUACUAUUCAAUAAGAAAAAACAACAACAAGCGCUGUCGAAUUUAUUUCAACAACCGUCGAUUUCAGAGGAUUAUGAUGAUGAUCAAGAUGGAUCAUCUACUUUGACCCAACAUAUCGAAUCAGGACAUGAUUAUUCCACAUAUAUAAAACCAUCGAAGAUCGAUGAACAUUUAAUUGAUAAAUUCGGGAUGAAGAAUAUUAAAGCCAUCGGAAAGGGGGAAUUUUCGGUGGUGUUUGAAUGUUUAUUCCAAGAAGAGAAAUUCGCGAUUAAGAGAUCGAAACAACCUGUGAUUGGAAAACUUGAAACCAAGACCAUAUUGAGGGAGAUUGAAGCAUUGAGAGCACUUACGUCGGUGAAUAAUACCAAGACGAAUGGCCAAGGGGAAGUGGUUGAAGAAGAAGAAGGAAGGGAAUAUUUGGUUUAUUUUAUUGAAGCAUGGGAAUUUAAUAAUUAUUAUUAUAUAAUGACAGAAUAUUGUGAAGGUGGAACAUUAUUUGAAUUUUUUGAAGAUAAUAAAAAUUAUAAAAUUGAUGAAUUUAGAAUUUGGAAAAUUUUAAUUGAAAUUUUACAAGGAUUAAAAUUUAUUCAUUCAAAAAAUUAUUUACAUUUAGAUAUUAAACCAGCAAAUAUUUUUAUUACAUUUGAAGGUAAUUUAAAAAUUGGAGAUUUUGGAUUAGCUACAAAAUUACCAAUUUUAGAGAAAGAUUUUGAUUUAGAAGGUGAUAGGAAUUAUAUUGCCCCGGAAUUGAUUAAUGAUAAGAUAUAUACUCCAUUUGCUGAUAUUUUCAGUUUAGGUUUAAUUAUAUUAGAAAUGGCUGCAAAUAUAAUCUUACCCGAUAAUGGUACUCCAUGGAGAAAAUUACGUAGUGGUGAUCUAAGUGAUGCUGGCCAAUUAUCUUCAGAUAAUAUAUCCAUCUUUUUACAAAAUAACGGUGGGGUUGGUUCAAAUAUAUGUGUGGCUGGUACAGGUGCUAGCACUGGCAGUGGAGGGAGUGGGACCACAGCGACAACCACCAUGGGGAUGAAUCAAUGUUUAUCUAGUCCAGACACGAAUAUUAGUAGUUAUACUCAUUCUUUGAAUAUCAAUUCAUCCAAUAGUAAUUUAUUCCCACCAAAUCCACCACAUUUAUUAGCUCCCAAUAUCGCUCAAUCGAAUGAUAAUUUAAUGCCAGGGGUUAAGCAUAAUAGUAGUAGUUCAAGUGCUGGAGGGAAAUCAUUACGUGAUUUAAUCCCAUCUUGGGCCCCAGAUUUUUUGGUUGGCGUGGGAGGAGACGAUCUGAUAAAUUUGGAUAAAUUGGUUAAUAAGAUGUUAAAACCAAAUCCAUUUGAUAGACCAAGUGCAAGUCAUAUUUUGGAAAUGAAUGAAUGUAUAAUAAUUGAAAAUAGAAGAAAAGCGGGUGCGACGAUUUAUGAAGGAGAGUUUGGCCCCCCUGAUGAUUAG